GUGACCCCCUCUUCCCUGCUGAUGUUUCACCAAACAGAUUUAAGUUUCCCUCCACGGAGGGCGUGAAAACGUUUCCCUGCUGAGGCUGAAGUGUUUGUUGUCAUGUUGUCUGGCUGCGGUCCCGCAGAGCAUCAUGGGUAAUAGCGACAGCGUGGUGGUGCAGAAGCGGAUGGCCCGGUUCCGUCCAGAGCAGCGGUCCGUGAUCGACGGCGUGUUCAAGCGUCUGCAGGCCGGCGGCCCGGGGAAGACGCUCCAGCUGGAGGCGCUGCAGUUUCUGUCCUCAGACCCGGCAGCCUGUGACCUGUCCUGUCUGGAGGACUGGGUCUUCCGGGUGGCCCAGGUGUCCCAGUACCUGGAGGUUCUGGUGGCCGAGGGGCUGGACGUUUCCCUGAGCGGCUGGACGGCGCCGGCCCUGCUGCCGCCGUGCCGGGACACGGACUGGACCCGCCUGACGGUCCUGCUGGAUGUCCCCACGCUCAUGUUCCUGGCUCCACAGCUGCCAGACGGCUGCAGCGCCCCCUGGAGGCUGGUCUUCUCCACGCAGCUGCACGGGGAGAGCUUCACCAAGAUGGCCGCCGCUCUGCAGCACCACGGCCCCACGCUGCUGCUGCUGCGGGACAGCCGGGGCCACGUGUUCGGGGGCUUCGCCUCCACCGCCUGGGAGCACAAGCCCCAGUUCCAGGGUGACUCCAGAUGCUUCCUGUUCUCGGUCUUCCCCACGCUGAGGGUUUACACGGCGACAGGAUACAACAAACACUUCAUGUACCUGAACCAGCACCAGCAGACGAUGCCCAACGGACUGGGCAUGGGAGGUCAACACGACUACUUCGGCCUGUGGCUGGACAGCGACUUCGGCCGCGGUCACAGCCGCGCGCGCCCCAAAUGCACGACGUACGGAAACCCGCAGCUGUCGGCCGACGAGGACUUUGUCCUGGACGCCGUGGAGGUCUGGGCCGUGGGGAAACCGCCGGCGCCGGCCGAGGGUGAGGAAGAGGAGGAGGGGAAGAGGAGCAUCCUGAAAGUGAAUCCGGAGGUCCAGGCCAUGAUGGAGUUGACGGGGAAGACUCUGCACAGCGAGGGCUUCAAUGAGCUGCAGGAAGACUUUGACUAGACCAUGCUGCAUGGACAGGAGUCGCUGCGUUCUGCUUCCUAACCCUGAGGUUGUUGUUCCCCCCUGCAGACCUCCAGGUUGAACUGCAGCUCAGCCCCUCCCCCACCCGUUACUGGCAGCAGCCCUGUUUGCAAGUAUUAUCCCUGGCUGUAGAAGUCUGGUUAGUUUGUGAGAGUCAGUCUUAGUUUUGGUGCCCAAAGGGUGGCCCGGGGCCCUUUGUGGCCCUUGAAAUGAUUUUGUUUGGCCCCUGACCACAAGUUAAGAAAUGUAAAAAAUUUUGGCCAAAUUUCAGUUUCCAAACUGACAAUUUGGAAUUUUUUUCUUUUAAGCCAACAGUCCAAAGAUCUUUUUAUGUAAAACACAAAACCUGAGCAAGUAUUUACAGUUUGUAGCACAAAAGUCUUAAUGCACCAAACGAGGCAGAUAAUUUCACGCAGAGGCUCGUCGUUACAGCAGAUUAUUCACCGUGAAAUAAUCUGCUGAGGCAGCUGGAACGUUUUCAUCAAAGUUAAAACGUUUUUAAUGUUUUGUCUUAUUUCAGGUCUGCUGAGAUGUUCUGAUCUAGAAACUUUAAAUAAAAAGAAACAUUUGUUGAGCAAGUAAAACUACAAUAUAUUUUUGAAAAAUGUAAUAAUCACAAAUUUUUGCAUUUUUAAUCCAUUUGGCUGCUUUAAAUUAUCACGUUUGGCUCCUGAUGAGUUGGAGCUGCUGCUGACCCGGUCCAGACCCGAUCCGAUCCGGUUCAGAUCCGAUCCGGUCCAGACCCGGUCCGGUCCAGAACCUGCCUGCUGAUGGGUUGUUAUGGUUUAAAUGAAGAAAGUUCUGGGUUUUCUGCUGCAGCAUUGCAGACGAGCUUCAGCUGAUCCGAUUUAUUUCUACCUCAAAUGUUUGAAGCUUUUUGGUUUUCAUUGCAUGUGGUUAAUAUCUUAUGCUCCGUGUGUGUGUGUGUGUGUGUGUGUGUGUGUGUGUGUGUGUGUGUGUGUCUGUGUGUGUGUGUGUGGUGAUUAUUGCAGUGCUGUAUCUAUCGAUGUAGUAAAGUUCCCGAUCAAUGUGACUUUCUGUCUCUCCUCAUUUCUGGUGACAUCAGAGGAACAGUGGCAGAAUAAAGUACACGCCACACUUUCCAGAUUUUUAUUUGUGAUAUGAAUCUUUCCCCAGUUAUGAUCUGGUUUGUGGUAAAUUGUUUUUCAGAUUUUUUUGACCCUUCUGGUUGAUUUCAGGGUGUCGGAGUAAAGGAGCGGUGAAUGCCACACUUUUCA